AUGUCAAACACAACAACAGACUUCACUUUUAUUAUUGCUCGUACAUCUGAAAUUCUUUUAAUUAUGGAUUCAUAUAUGAUUGUUAUACUUUAUAUUAUCGGUAGUAUAGGAGCUAUUCUAAAUAUAAUAACAUUUCGACAAAAACAAAUUCGAUCAAAUCCAUGUGCCACUUAUUUCUUAUCAAGUUCAAUUAUUGAUUUGAAUAUAAUGCAUGCAUUUGUUUUAAUGCAAAUCAUAACAAGAUACAAUCCAUCAUUAUCAAAUCGUAUUUAUUCAACACGAACUUGGUGUAAACUUGGAAAUUACAUUCUUUUACUAUUACCAUGUUUAUCCUCGAGUUAUAUAGCAUUUGCAACAAUUGAUCGAUAUUUUGCUAGUUCAUUAAAUCCAAUACUACGAAAAUGUAGUAAUUUAAAGGUGAGCCGUAUGGUAGUUUGUGCAAUUUUUAUGAUAUGGGUUCUAUUUGGAUUACAUAUUCCAAUAGCUUAUGAUUAUAGUCCAGAGAAAAAUGAAUGCAUAGUUCAAACAAAUUCUGCUACAAUUUUUAUUAUCAUUGAUGGAUUUUUCUUUUCAUUAUUUAAUGGAGCGAUAGUCCCAUUUCUUUUAUCCUUAUUUGGUUUAUUAAUUUUUCUUAAUAUAAAAAUAAGUCGUCGACGUGUUCAUAACCAAGCAGAAAAUAUUAUUCAUCCAACAUCAGUUAUUGUCAAUCGACAAAAUACACAUAUGAUAACAAUGUUAUUAGUACAAGUAUCUCUUACUAUUCUUUUAAAUGCUCCAUAUAUCGUCAUUUAUCUAUUUGGUUUCUUUAGUAGACUAUCAUAUAAUUCAUUAUCUUUUCUUCUCUAUAUUAUAUUUAGUUAUGUCGCACGAUGGUUUUAUUAUAUGAACUAUUGUAAAACAUUCUAUCUAAAUACAUUAACAAGUGAAUUCUUUCGACAUAGUCUUCGAACACAAUGUAUUAAUUUCAUUCAUCAUCAUCAAAUUUCUAUUAUUUCUCGACCAUUAUUUCUCAUAAACACAAAUACAAGAUAG